AGAAUGAAGAAAAAUUUUAUCAUGAAAGUAAGUACUUUUGUACCUAUCAUCUGAGGUGGUCAGUCAUGAAUGGCGCCACCUGCGGAGCUGGACAACCUUAUCGGUGAUCCCUGAGUGAUUCUUCAAUGCUCGUAUGAUCGUGAUGAGAACUUUCCCAGAUGUACAUAUUUGAUAUUUAAACUCCGAAGUUAUCGGAAUUUUUGUAGAUUCGUCUCAUAUCUCAGGAUUUACAGUAAUAAAGAUGAAGGUUGCUUUCGUUUUACUGUUGUGCUUAGCGGCUGGUAGUCAGGCCAGCUUUUUAGAUGAUUUGAAGAAUGCUUUCUCAAACGUUGGCUCCGCCCUAACAACCACAGUCCACGCUGUUGGAGAUCAAGCCAAAGUAGUUGGACAGAACCUUCUCUCUGCAGCAAAAGAACAAGGAUCACAGCUGGCCUCACAAGCUCUUCAAAGUUUGUUGAUGGGAACAAUGAACGCCCUCAGCAGCAGUGGUACCGACACCUCUGGAACCAAACGCUCCCUGUCUGAACUUCUCCAGCAGGCCAAACCCUUGACUGACGCCGCUAAACAGCUCGUGCAGCAGAAGAUGGACAACAUGAACGGAGUUUACACUGAGGCUCUGAACCAAAUCAAAGCUCUGGCCUCUCAGCUCACACACAUGCCCGCCUCCGAAAUUACCCAGAAGGUCGAUCAGAUCGUUGCUGCCCAUACCGCUGUCAGUGACAAACUCCAAUCUGAGCUCGUCUCCGAUCUGACCCAGAUGUUCGGAAAUGUCCUUUCUCUCCACCCUGGAAACAAGAGAAGCACCUUCACUGAUGCUCUCAGUUCAGUCGGACAGGGUCUUGCCAGCUUCUUCCAGCCACAUGUUCAGGCUCUUCAACAGUUGGUCGGUGGAGUUGGUGAAUCUCUGAAGCAAACCGCCAAUGCUUUCCAGACCAGCUUGUCUACUGGUGCUCAUGGAGAUGCUAUUUCUCAAUCAUCAGCUCAAAUCGCUCAACAUGGACAAAAUGCUCUUAGUGCUCUCAAGGAUGCCGUAACAGAUAUCCUCCAACAAACUCUUACCAACAUGCAGCCACACAUUGCUAACGUUCUUUCAAAUGGCGCCCAGGCUCUUCAGGAAACCCUUUCUAACACUAAUCCACAGUGA